AUGCCCCCAAGAAUGCCAAGCCCCGCCCUCUUGGCAUUUGCCGAACAUCUGCUUCUAUCUAGUAACCGAGAAUUGCCUGAAAGAAGACCACCAAAACUUGAGAUGGAUCAAGCAAUUUUAAAAGUUUAUAAUGAGCUGCUUCAUGAGGGCCUGAUAGUCUCCUGGCUAUCAGAUCACUGCUAUCAGUGUCUGUACCAGGAACUUGGAAAUGUACCUACAGAAAAACAUGUAGGGCACCCAAGGAAUUCAACAUUUGCCAUUGACACAAAGUAUCCAGUAACAUUACAGGUGAACAGUAGUGUCGACAAGAAGGAAGUGUGCAGGGUGCAUGAAACCUUUGGUGAACAUGGACAUUAUUCUUUAUGGGUGACAAAGGCAAACCUGAGUAAUGCGAGUGGACCAGUCAACUGUAAAAUCAUCAUUGACCAAGAAGCCAUUAGCAACAAGCUUCCUAUUUUAUAUGCAUUCCUUGCCUAUCUUGGAUUAGCUGUUUUGAUAUGUUUAGCACAGUUAAUAAUGGGACUUAAUUCUGUCAGAAACCUGAUGUCCAGCCUUUCAUAUCGGGUUGAGAUGGAGCGGCUAAUCAAUUCUGAGUUAGGAUCAACAAACCGUGUUACAGACAAUGCAGCUCAUGGUAAUCUGGUGUCAGGACGCAAUCCAGGCUCCUACCGACUUCGUUCACUGGACACCUUUCGAGGGCUGGCUUUGGUGAUCAUGAUCUUUGUUAACUAUGGAGGUGGGAGAUACUGGUUCUUCAAACAUGAAAGCUGGAAUGGAUUAACAGUAGCCGAUUUGGUGUUUCCAUGGUUUGUGUUUAUCAUGGGAACAUCGAUUGCCCUCUCCCUGAAUUCAGCGUUGCAGGCUAACCAUUCCAGGUGGAGACUAUUGGGUAAAAUAGCUUGGAGAACUGCAGCCCUCGUACUACUUGGGAUCUUUAUCAUCAACCCAAACUAUUGCAAGGGACCAAUUUCCUGGGAGACCCUGCGGAUCCCUGGUGUACUUCAGAGACUGGGUCUUACCUAUGGCGUAGUUGCUGUCAUGGAGCUGCUGUAUGGAAAAUGUUGGCCUGAAAUUCUCGGUCUGGAUAGUUGGUGGUCACCUGUCAGAGAUGUUCUGAUCUACUGGCCCCAGUGGAUCAUGAUUCUACUGUUGGAGUGUAUUUGGCUUUGCCUGACUUUCCUUUUGCCUGUACCUGAUUGCCCACGAGGUUAUCUUGGUCCUGGAGGAAUUGGAGACUUUGGUCAAUUUGUUAAUUGUACUGGAGGAGCAGCAGGAUACGUUGACCGGUGGCUGCUUGGAGAGAAGCACAUUUAUCAGCACCCUUCUUGCAAAAUACUUUAUCACACGACGGUGCCAUUUGAUCCAGAGAACCUGCUGGGAUUAAUCAAUUCAAUUGUGAUGGCAUUUCUGGGAUUACAGGCUGGGAAGAUUUUCAUUAUUUAUAAAGGUCAAAAUAAACAGAUUAUGCUACGAUUUUUCACUUGGAGCACACUGCUGGGUAUUAUUUCAGCCAUCCUGACAAAAUGUUCGAAAGACCAUGGCUUCAUUCCAGUCAACAAGAAUUUAUGGUCCAUCUCUUAUGUUACAACACUCAGUUGUUUUGCUUAUAUUCUUCUCUUGCUGAUCUAUUUUCUGGUGGAUAUAAAGAAACAUUGGACGGGAGCUCCCUUUUUUUAUCCAGGGAUGAACUCUAUUCUGCUGUACGUUGGACAUGAGGUGUUUGAACAAUAUUUUCCCUUCAAAUGGAAAAUGCUCAAUGACCAUUCACAUGGCGAACACUUGGCCCAGAAUCUCCUUGCGACCACCACUUGGGUUUUUAUUUCUUAUGUUCUUUACAAAAAGAAGAUAUUUUGGAAAAUUUAAUCAGGGAUCAAUCAUUUUUUGGCAAAUUCAUGAAGUGGAGGAGUAUAUUUUUCUAUAUAUGUAUGAAUAAAUGGACAAGAUGUGUUUGCAUUUUGUACUGACAGUGGAAACACAUGUCUGUCAGCUUUUAAGUUGUAUAAUGGCCAGUAAACUGAUGAUUGUAUGACCAAUUUCUGUUAAUCCUUGACCAGGCCUACAUAUUGUAAAUUUUCACACAACCGAUAUGUGCCAUUGCUGCCAACUGGAAUAUUUUUGGACUUGCAUAAGUGAUGCUCUGAUCAAAGCAUUAACACACAAGCACUCUGCUCCUAUAUCCCUGUGCUAUGCCAAUAUCCUCGAUCUUUAUAUAUACUCAAUAUUCUACCCUGUUCAACACUUCAUCACUUAUCUUUUAGUUUUGUUUGCUCAUCAAUUGCAUAAUCCAGGUUUGAAACUUCACCAAAGCAAGCUGGUCAAACUGAGUUUCUAUUGGUAACAUGAACACAACACAUUGAUUGGGUUUCUCUUGUUUACUUCUGUGUAGCUGACCUACUGAUGAAGUUAUAACAGUAGAAUUCUAAUCAUUUGAACUACUCUGGAAGCAAGAAAGAGUUGACUAACUUCAAGCUAACAAAUUGGGAUGUGUGCUUCUAUCGAGACAAAGCUUACAAACUUCAUUUCUUUUGCUUAAUAGUGCUAUGUUCUUGAAGAGCCCAGUGUGAAAUGUUGUAUGAUCAGUCAAGAAUGGGAAAGUGUACUAUUUGAAAAUCUCACUAAAGUGUAAUCAUUAAUGUCUUGCAUUAUUUUAGGUUAGGCAAUGCAAAACUUUUGAUCUGAUAUUUGAAAAAACAGGGCAUUGAAAAACAAAUAAUUAAAUAACUUUAUAUUUAGCUUCCAAUAUGUGUUAACUGGGAAAUGAAAUUCAAAUGUGUUUGACUUGUUUUAAAAAUCACCUACCAAUUCUACAUAAUCAUGCUAAACAAAAUUCUCAUUUGUGCUGUAUUGCAGUUUGACCAAUCAGUUUUCAUUGUCUUCACUUUAAAAAAAGUAUUGCUGAAAAGUAAGGCACUUUGUCAAAGCUAUUUAUUUUGCAAGUAUCAGAACAAUGUGCAUGAAGUACCAAUGUAAAGGGAGUAUAUGUGAAGUGUUUAUCCUGCAUGAGACUGCAGAUGAGUUGGGAGAGGCAUUGUCAAGGAAAAUGUACACUGUUAAUCAUUAACUGUAAUCUGUCAGAGCUUUGUUUAACUAUUAAAUCAGGCAGAUUGACUGGGCAGGCAUUGCACUGUGGCAUGAACAAGAGAAUGUCUGUCAUCUAUGUUAUUGCAUUGAAACAGGAAAGCUGUGUAUGAAAUCUUUGAGCAGAAAAAGGCACUAUAUGUUAAUAUUUGCAGUUCGCCCAUACAUGCAAGCGCACCACCCUGCUUGCCCAACUGACCAUCUCAGAUUGGUUGUCUGUGCAAUUCUUUGCACACACAGGAUUGUUUAGCAAAUGCUAUUAAAUUGAGGAAUCACAUCCAGUGUUGGACAUUGUUGUGAGCUUUGAAAGUGUGGGCCAGUAUUAGAUGGAAUUCAAUGAUUGAACACCAUUUGUUAAAUAAUACUGAGUGUGGUUAGACUCUGUGUGGUGCACUAACAUGUACUACAAGCUACAUAUAUACUACAACACAGCCUUAUUCUUUGCAGACAGAACAUGUCCGCACUGCACCUGUUUAAAUGCAACAAAAUAGGUGGCAGCCUUUUUCUGGUUUGGUUAAAGCACUGCCCUAAGAAAUAAGUCAAUCUGCCUGGUUUAAAAUGUAACUAAACUUGGCUGUUAAGUACUGGUUGUCAUUAACUGAUGCAUUAUUGAUGGCAAUGCCUCUACCAAUCGGAGUCCAUUUGUCAAACUCUCGGCACACUCCCCUCAUGCAGCAUAAAUGUCAGUUUUCCAUUUCAAUUGGGAUUGUUGCAAGUUGCCCUCAUGAAUGAAAGUGUAAAGAUUUGACAAAUUGCCUCUUUUUAACGAUAUUCAAGUUCUGUACUACUAAUCUGCCAAUAUCAAGCUUUAUUUUAACAGCACUGGAUUUCUUCACUUGACAAUUGUUCUACCUAGUUUAUACUAGUUUCUCUCAGCCUUUCCUUGCAUUCAAUUGUUGACUUACUGUUUCAAAAUUUGUCAACAAACUAAUUUGUUGAAGUGACCAGAAUAUCUAUUUGCACCAUCUUGUGAUGCAGGUCAGUAAAACACUAGACAAAGUAGCAUAGCAUUGUGCCAUAUUCACUUGAGAUUUUGAUUUUGAAAAGGAUAUAUUUCCUACAGAUCCAUGUAAAGAGUAGGUGAUUGAGCAUAAAGAGCAUGGAUGGGAAAGCUCUUCCUUUCCUCCCAAUUCAUUACCUGAUGUAAUUGAUGGUCCACUCACAAGUUAUGAAAAUAGCAAGAGAAAUUGAAGUGUAUCUUUGCAGAAGGUAACAAGUUUGAGAAUGUUACAAUCAAGAGUUUCACUGUCCAGUGCUGUACUUGACCUGCAGCUUGAUAUUUAUACCAGGUGUCUGAAAUGUGCAAGUGCUCCCUGCAAUCCCCAAUCUCUAGCCAUUGGCAUAAAAUUUAUCAAAUGAAAGUAGACGAUUACUGAAUGCAGUCAAAGAUUUCCAAUUCCAACCAUUUUCAGGACUGGCUUUACAGUGUACACAAGCCUGGGUGUAAUAUCAGUUUUUAGCCGGAACUUUCAAAUUUGAAAUUGGGUUGAGAUUUCUGAAAUCUGGUUCACCCUUUAAUGUUGGAGAAUGUUCACUGCUAACUUGAAAUGAUUUGUUUGUAUUUCUGUACUUAAAUGCUUUUAACUUGUACUGACUAUUAGUUUGGUAGUCAUCUAAAGCACGUGUCACUUUUCAGAUAACUCAUUGGGAACUGUUAAUGUCAGUAUAUUUCAAGCUUAUGGAAGUUAUGAACAAACUUAUUAGCUGCUCAGUGGUUUGAUAAAAAUUGUAUGCUGAAGAUUUGCCACGAACUGUGAUAUUUCUAAAAUGUCCCAAACCUGCUGCUUUAGUUGGUCGACCUCUGGAUGAAGCAUGGUGCAUUUUACUUUGGUAGACCUGUGCUACCAGCUUCAGUCCUGGAAAGCUGCCUACAGCACCUGAAGACCAUGCCCACCAGACACUUGCAUUGCUCACCGUUGGCCAGCUCUUCAUGUCAGCAAAGUAUUGAUGGACUGUUAUGUUCUCUGGAGUUUAUUUACCUUCCUGAUUACACAUUAUUGGAUCUGAAUUAUUUGCUCCGACAAAAGGAACAUGUAAUGUUUUUAAAAUAUUUGUUUAACAAUCAAAUGUAAAGUUUUUGUACUCAACGAUCUUUUUUUAUACCCCCGUUUGAUUGCUAUCACUCGCUUUAGUUUAAAUGGGAUUUUAUUUGAAUAAAGGGAUUUUAGAUUUCUCUCCAAGAUGUAAAUCAUUGGGUUUCAGUCACUGUAAUGGAGGUUUAUGCUGUUAUAGCUCUAUUUAAUUAUUAUCUGUAUGUUAGUGCAAUGCUGUAUGAUUCACAGUCAUGUAUUGAUAUAUCCCAUUAUUACUAAGAAUAAAACUAUAUGGUUAUCUCAA